GUCACAUCGGCGGUGCUAGGAGAUUAUAUGCGUGCCAAAUCCAAUCCCUGUCCUCUUCCUCGUACCCACAGUCUUGCCAUCUCUUCCCCUCGUCUCGUCCCCUACCUACGCAGACCAGACCAGGUGCCAACUGCCAAGUGCCUGCAAAAGGCGCCGUCGUUUUGUCCGGCGCCGGCGCGCCGCUGCUCUGUUUCGGUGCGUGAGGAAGCACUCGAUCCUGAGACAGAUGGCCAGGGAGCAGUUCGUCCUGUUCAUCUUCAUCUGCUAUCUGUCCUCCCGAUUCGCUGAUGCGUAUGAUCCGGUGGAUCCAAACGGGAACAUCACCAUCAACUGGGAUUUUCCGUCCAUCGAGCCUAAUGUGUACGCGGUCAAGGUGAGCAUCCACAAUUACCAGCUGUACCGCCACAUCGAGCGCCCGGGGUGGCGGCUGAGCUGGGUGUGGGCCGGCCACGAGUUCAUCUCUGACGUGAUCGGCGCGGAGACGACGGAGCGGGGCAACUGCACCGGCCGCCACGGCGCCAAC